CGUGUACGGACCUUGGUCUGCCACUGAACAUGCGCUCGGCCACCACAUUCCGCCACUUACCCCUAAACAAAUUGCUUCCGCCCAUUUUCUCGCCAUGCCUCAUUAAGAAAUCGUAUCGUCUACCCGCCCCCGUCUCCAGUAGCGUCUCUAUCCGUGACCCAUAGCAACGAGACGAGCGCCUCGAUGUCUGAUACACAGAGACCAGACAAGGAGAAGAGGUCUAAGAACGGAUGUGGAUUGUGUCGAGCAAGACGGGUGAGUGAGACGGCCCUUUGAGAGAGGCCCUCGCCCCCGUAUCGAGUAUCCGCCGUGGGGUCCAUCGAAUCGCCGCCCCGCAUCCAUGUCAUGGGGUGUGUGAGCAGGGGCUGGCAAUAGUGGCAGAUGAACAAGAUCAAAUGCGACGAGGUUCACCCGGCCUGCGGACAAUGUGUCAAACGGGGAUUCGACUGUGUCUAUGAUCCCGGAGCGGCCGCAAAAGUCGACAUCAAUUCGACGCUAGCGCGGAGGAGGAGUAGAGCAGCGUGUACGAGUUGCAGAACGUUGAAGAGACGAUGCUCCGCCGCCGAAGGGGAUGAUCGGAUCUGUUCACGGUGCAAACGACUCGGACUUCAGUGCGAAUGGCAGCCGUCCAAGACUCGACGACCAAGGACGGUCAAGCAUGAUCGCGACGACUCGGACUCGGACGAGUCGGUGGAUAAUGGGUCGACGUAUGAUAUGGGAGAUGUCUCACUCUCGCCAAGGAGCCGCCCGAGAGAUGAAGCUGUUUCGCCAAAGACCGGAGGUAGGAACGAGAUCAUAUCACCGAAUCCUCGUCCUCGGAAGCUCCCAUCGUUGCAUCGGUCACCCUUUGAGUCGCUCAUGGCAAACAAGGCGGAGUUGCAUAUGUUGGUCCGAGGGUAUUUCGGGACUGUGCACCAAUUCGGCUUCCUCGCCUUCAUCCACGAGCCGAGCUUCUUCCGCCUCCUGGAACGUGGCAAGGCGCCCAUGAAUCUGACAAAAUUGAUGGUGGCCUUGGCCCUACGAUUUGCCGGAGACAACACCACGGCGACGCUUCGUCGCGCGGAUCUCAUUUACGAAGAGGUCUUUCCGGUGCUCCGCGAUCAGCUGUACGAAGGGUUUGGGGCGAUUGAAUUGAUGUGCGUGCUCCUUGCGAGGGAAUACGAUCAUGCACGAGGCAACUUUUACGCUAGUUGGAUGAUGUGGGGAAAUGCCGUCAGAAUCAUGCAAUUCCUCUCUCUUCACACGUUCGAUGAGACCUAUCCACAGCCUCACGCCAUCAAGCUCAACCCAUUGCUCAAACCCGAAGCCCUCCGGCGACUGGCUUGGUCAGUCUUUUACCUCGACACCAUGGCGGAUGCAGGUCGACACGGCAUACACACAGUCACAGAGACCGGUUUCCACCUUCAACUCCCCGCCGACGAGGCGAGCUUCUUACGCGGCGUCGAUGUCGUGACCAUGCCACUCGAAAAGCACCCUUCAGCCAGGAGCCAUUCGGUUCAUAUGCCAUGGGAGUCGCCAGUCGAACGCGGUGGAAGUGCGAAUGGAAAUAUUACACCCGCUUCAUCGACCAUGAGCAUCGGUGCGCCUGCCAUGCCUCAGAACGCUGUUCCGGGAAGCGCCACCUCCAACUUUGGCAUUGGCGCCAACAUUAUCCGCACGGCUGCCAUGCGUCGACGUAUCCUCCACUUCAACUCGUUGCUCAAAUACUCUCUGGCAACGCCGCAACAGAUGUAUAGCUCACUGGGCAUGCUUGAACGCGAUCUCCGCGCGGUCAUCAACGAUUUACCACCUGAUCUGGCCUAUUCCGAGGACGCCCUGUUCGUCCACGCCGAGCGCCGGACCAUGUUCAUCCUGCUCCACAUGAUGCGACACAACUGCUUCCUCAUGUUGCUCUGGGCCAAACUCAACGUCGCAUCGCGCUCGCCUGAUCCUCCCGAGUCGACACAGUCGCUCAUGCAAGAGAGGAUGAAGCACGCUUUUGGUGUCGCGGGAAUCGUGUCGGACGCCGUGAGGCUGGGAGUGAAUUGUGAUCCAUUUGUCGCCGUACAGGCGUAUACAUCGCUCGAAGUACUUCUAUUUGACCCUCUGAGAUUGCUGCGUUUCGACCCCACCAUUCAGCCGAAACAUCCUCGAUUCGCGCGAGCACUCUUGCCAUUGCUGGAGUUGAUGCGGAGAUUGUCACCUAUCGAUCUCAUGAUGAGGUAUCUGCGUGUCGAGGCUUGCCGGAGACUCGCUCGAUGCGGAUUCGGAGACAUACUCAUCCAUGCCGACUGGCAGGCAUGUAAAUUGCACCCAACGACCGGUCAGACUGACUCUGAAUUCGACUUUCGCUUCUUUAAAUGGCAUCGAGUGGAACAAGCUCGACAAUCACGCCACUCUCUCGGCACAUCACAAGCUGCCGAAGCUCUUCUUGACCUCGGCUCUCUCACUGCGAAUCCCUCACGCACAGCCUCUCCCGACCCAGAUGGUCUCGAGACGGGCAACGUGUUUGGGCCGGAAGACUAUGCUCUACCGCCCGAUUUCGAAGACUCGUUACGCAAGUCUCUGAGCCAUUCUGGACAGGUGAAUUCGACCUCACCCCACGAGUCCCUCGGCUCGGCGGGUCUGGCAAGUCAGCCAUUCUACAGCCCCAAUCGAGGUCCAGGGAUGGGACCAUCGGGACCAUCUUCAAAUAUGCCCGUGCUGCCUCAACAUCCGGGUGUUCAAGCUGUCCCAAGCCUCCACCCAUCCAAUGCCACAACCGGCGUCACACACAGCGGUUCAAGCGGACUCACACCGGAUGUCAGACGUUGGGUCGACCUGGACUAUCAACCCCGACCGAUCUUACCGUCGACAGGUCUGGAGCAGAUCCCCUUUGGGAUGAGCGAGAAUUUGGGAUUGGUCUCGAAUGGCAUGAUAGGCACACCUGGUGGAGAUGAUCUUAAUCGAUUCUUGGAACAGGCUGGGUAUGCAGAGCAAGAAGCGGAUCCAUUCGGCUGGUUGGGUCUGGUCGAUGGGGAUAAUAAGGGAUUGGUGUAGUGUUGUACACUCGGAUCCAGUCCAGACCAGGGCUAUGCAUGCAUCAACGAUGCACAGCUGUAUGUCAUCG